UCGGCGGGGAAGAUGGAGUUCUGUCCAACGUGUGGGAACUUGCUGCGUUACGGUAAUUCAAAGUUCUUCUGCUCGACAUGUCCUUACAUUGCCCGCAUCGAGAGACAGGUGGAGAUAAAGAAGAAGCAAUUGCUGGUUAAGAAAUCCAUUGACCCGGUUGUGAUGAAAGAUGAUAUACCACAAGGACCUGAAACUGAAGCGCCAUGCCCAAGAUGCGGGCACGACAAGGCAUACUUCAAAACAAUGCAGAUUCGAUCAGCGGAUGAGCCAGAAUCGAGAUUUUAUAGAUGCGUCAAGUGCGAGCAAACUUGGCGCGAGGAAUGAUCUAAGAGGCUUUGAAUGAUCUAUUCUAAGCAUUUAUGUUGGCUUUUUUUUUUUGUUUUUUGGUUCUAUAGCAUUGUCAGCAGAUUUGUUUGGGACUUUUCUGAGCUCAAUUUUGAUUCCAACGUUUAUUAAUCAACUACAUUAAGGAAAAUAUUUAUAUCAUCAGCUGAUAUUUCUC